AUGAACGACCGAAGGAACGACCCAAUGGCCAACACGCAGCCGGCCCUUUGGUACUACUGCAAUCUCCGUGACACGUCCGAGACUUCCUGUGUGGUUCCGAUGGCCCAAGAGCACCGAAGAGCUGCUCGAGGGGACACGACAGCUCUGGUAGAGAGACCUCCGCGAUCGGUGGCGUUCACAGGUGAGACGGACGACGAGUUGAGCGUUCCGCGAUCGACGUUUGUGUUGGCAGCUGAUUUCGCUGCGACGUCGGACGGAACGAUCGCGAAAGUCGGACGUGGCGUCUCGAGAGAAAAGGACACGGCAUCGGAACGAGUGGCGACGGAACCUGUUGCGCCGGCAGUCGUUGAAGGCGGUGGGAGUUUUGCAUUGGAGACUGAAGCGGUCUACUCGAUGGAGAAGAGUGUGGUCAGAGUCGUUGCAGCCGAAGAAGAAGGAGGAGGAGGCGGGGGUCAGGUUGAAGCUACUGCUGUAGAGGUCGAGCAGGACGCGGUUGAGGUUGUUGCAGUUAUCACGGAUACAGUCGUUGAUGUGGUCGUAGCGGAGGCAGUGGAGACUGUGGCAAAGUCGAGGGAGAGCUAUAGCAGCGCUGGUCGAGACGAUGCCGGGACUGACGCGACGACUUGUGCCGCAACGGUAGCGAAGACUGCGAGCGAUGUUGUCGGAGCGCUCGGGUCGUCGUUGACACCAGACGUCUCUACAGCAGCAAAGCGUACGACCGGUGACGCGUGUACGACAGCAUCGCAGCCAAAGAGUUCCAAUGUGUCUGCACAAGAGGCAGUCGGGUCCACUUGUGCUGCAGAGGUGGACGAGGAUCUGGAGUCUGAGAUCGACGAGACUAUGGUGAUUGACCGGGACGUGGCAGCGACAGAAGCUGCAGCUGCACCUGACGCACAAACGUCUUCGCUGAGUUUUCUCCCCGAACAAAUCCGCAACAACAGCUACGCGGUCUCAUCCGUAGCAGUGGCUGUCGCUGCUGCCGUUGCUGCGACGCUACUGGCGCGCAGGUAA